AAAGACUCGGUUGGUUUGCGAACGACUCAUUUCUAGUGUACAAGCAGAGCUAACUAGCUCUUGUACUGUACAACCUUGGAUUACAAACAUCUUGAACAGAUAAGUUCCCACACAUGAAAGUAGUGAGAGCCUCUGUGAGAUUCGUCUAUAUUACCUCGGAAAUUGUGUUCGGUUGCGGAAAAAAAGAACUUCUGAGGGCUCCGAGCAGGAGGAUGGCGUGCUGCCUGCGCCCUUUGCUCUCAGUUGAACCCACACGAGGACUCGUGGACGAAAAGCUCCGGAUUGCUGUGACAAAUUUAAACCCGAAACAGGAGGUGACCCUUUACUGUCUGCAUCAUUCAGAGAGCAAAGACAUUUGGGAAGCAUUUGGACACUAUGUGAGCAACGAACAGGGCACUCUGACAGUGGAAAAGGACUCCAGUGUGGGAGGCACAUAUACAGGUGUGGAGUCCAUGGCAUUGAUGUGGAGCCUGCGGCCAGUGCAAGGCAGCCGAGCAGGACUGAGGUUGCAAAAGCGAGAUGUCCUCUCGCCAAUGAUAUUCCACAUUUCUGUGUACAAUGGACACAUUUCUCAGGAUUUUAACCAGCUCACACCGUUGGUGACCAGCGUCAUAGAAAGAUGGUACAUGGCUCCAGGUGUGCAAAGGGUCCAUGUACGUGAGAAAGGAGUUCGAGGAACUUUUUUCAUCCCUCCAGGUCCUAGCCCAUUUCCAGGUGUGUUGGACUUGUGGGGAGGAGGUGGAGGUCUGGUGGAGUAUCGAGCUGCCCUGCUAGCGUCACAUGGCUUUCUUGCUUUUGCUCUGGAGUAUAUAACUCCAGGAGAAAUGACAGCCAUGAAUAGUACUUACUUUGAGGUAGCAUAUCAGAUCCUGCAGGAGCAUCCCAUGGUUCUAAGGGACAGAUUGGCUCUGUUGGGCCUCUCAUUUGGUGGUACUGUUGCUUUGUCUCUUGCUGCCUACUCUGUCAAGCCCCGGUGUUGUAUAUGCAUCAGUGGCAAUCAUCUCAUUCCUGUGCGUAAUACUGUGUCUGAAACCAUCGAAGAAUUGAUCAGUCUGUUUCAUAAAGCGCAGAUAAAGGAUAAUCAGGUCAUCUGGAGAGACCUCUUCCUGCCCAUCCCCACAGAUCUAACCAAGAAAGUGGAUGUUGGGCAAAUAAGAUGUCCGUUGCUUUUGAUUGUUGGGGAUGAUGAUCAGAACUGUGCUGCACUGGAGUUUGCUGAAGAUAUGGAGAGAAUAACUGAAAAGGCAGGGAAUCGGCAUUUGCUCAAGAUCUUCAUCUAUCCUGGUGCAGGUCACCUGAUUGAGCCACCCUACACACCACACCACAGAGCCUCCAACUUCAUGGUUACUGGCAAGCAGAAAGUGAUCCUGCUUUGGGGUGGACAGACCAAACCGCAUGCAUAUGCACAAGAAGAUUCAUGGGAGAAAAUUUUGGACUUUUUACGCCAACACCUCUGCAUUACAGUUCCAAAGGCAACACUCUAGUGGUGUGAGUUGUUUUGCUUUGUGAAAUUGAUGAUAGCAAAAUAACUCUCAAAAUGUCUGACACUUCUUCACUACUACAUCGUCAAAUCAAAGAGGAUUUCAUAUACACUGUUUUGAACCAUAUGCCCAAUUUUCAAAAAUGAGGUAGCAUUUUUUAAAGUAAGGGAGACUUGGGACAAGUUCUUGGCUUUUGAAGAUUGUGUUAAAUUCUUUGCAAGUAGCGUCACAUUCAUAUUGCAUUAGAGAGUAUUUACUCUACCCUCUUACCACAACAUUAGUUUCUCAGCUUGUCACAUAGACUGGCCUUCAGGCUUCACUUUUUCUGUCAUUAUUUUUUGCAAGGAGACAUUACAUUGAGGGGAGACAUGGGACAUUAUGUUGAGAGACUUGGGACAUAGAGGGGUGACAUGGAACAAAAUUAAAAUACCUAGGCCUUCAUGUUUAAUUCAUAUUAUCAAAACUUAAAAGUCAGUUUACCCAAACCUGACUAGACAAAACAGAAAUAAGCUUAAUCCUCAUGCAGGUACACGCCCACAUUUUUAACAAAAAAAUUUUAAAAAUUUUAUAUUUGUAAAACACAAGAAAAAACCUGUAACAUGAACUGUCCCAACUCUCUCCAUUGAGCUGUUCUGGUUUUUUGUUUUGUUUUUUUACCCCCCACAGAAUUUAAGUCUAAUAAAUAAUAUAUCUGUUAACUCUCAGCUACAUACAUUAAUUCCCAACAAAUCUUGACUUCACCAGCGUACAUUACACCAUAGAAUAGAGGUGGAGGUGAAGUAGAAAAUACAAGUUUUGGUUGACUAAAAUAUUAAACUGGCCAAACCAGGGCUUUACAUUAGCACCUGCCCACCCGCCAAAUGCGGGUAAAAUUCGGCUUUGGCGGGUAAUCACUUUAGUCCCACUAGCCACUUUGGCGGGUGGUUUAUUCUGUGGUAUGACAGUAUAUUUUAAUUGUAGUUUUCUCUGAAGGCAUCUGAUAUAAUAAACACAUUGCAAUGUGA